ACUACACCGGGUUCAUACUGUUACGAUAAGCCGUGAAGAAACCUACAAACUUUUUCGUUUGGUUUGAAUAUCGUUUUUGAGAAAAAUGUCGGCUAAUAAAGGGGGUGGAAAUAGACCGCCACCCAAAGAACCAAUCAUUGGAUUUUUUGGAUUGCUGUUUUCCAUUUUGUGUCCUACGAUCAUCGGAUGGGUCAUCAUUGGGUGCUACGUUCACUGGUCGUAUAUUGAAUAUCUCGGACGACCCGUAUGGUUUCCAAAAGAAAACUUAUCAAAACCAUUCUACUCGCUCUCGUACAUCCUCAUAGGCGCAGCCUCGUAUCUCGUCUGGAAGGUUGGAAACGGAUUUUGUAAUUUAAUUUUGCCUCAAUCAUUCAACGUAAUUCAGUUGGCCGCCAGUUAUGCGUGGUUCAUACUUUUCUUCGAAACGGAGUCACGCGAGUUGGGACUAGCAGCAUCCUGCGUGCAAUGGGUAGCUGCUCUGAUGACUCUGAUACUUUUUGGCAAAGUCCAAAAGAAAAGCCUUCUUCUUACGUUACCUUAUCUCAUUUGGCAUGGAUUUGUUCUUGCUUUAAACAUCCAGUUGUAUAUCGAGUUUAAUUCAACAUAGAUAUUUCCAGAUACUUCCGUUAACCUUUUGUGAACUGGUGUCUGCGAACAGGUGCUCGAUCCUUUUUACGAAAUUUCGUAAAACCCGUGCAGGCACGUAACAAUCUGCCCUGCACUGGGUAUCAGUAUGGCCCUUUCUUUCAAAAAAAAAAAAAAAAACGACUAUUUUCUUAUUUAACAAAUCUUAUGUCAAACCACGUGGUAAGAUGGACCGCCGUGCGUCAGAAAGUCCCGUUUGCAAAGGGUUAACUAGUAUAAGUAUACGCAUAAAUAAUCUUGUCUCCAAUUCUAUCAUAAUAAUGCAAUCCAUAUUGUUUUAUAGGAAUUGUAAGUCUAUGGAUAACCGAUUGAGUUCGCUGCAGAAGAAAAUAUUGUUAUUUAUUCGUCUUAAAUGUUCUAUUUUACGAAAUACCAUGUCACUAGAAGUAUAAUUUGUAUGAAACUUUUGGUAGAAAUUUUCCUGUGUAAGUUCAGGGCCUGGCCAGGACCCCAAUGGUUCAGUUCGAGUCUUGUAAGGACCUCGACAGGCCCUUGAUUUUCAUAAUAAAAUUUCUACUAGAAAUAUUCUAAGAGAAUUAGUACAAGUAAUAAUUCAAAAAACAAGAUACAGUCAUGCCUCUUAAUAGUUAACGAACUCUGGACUUAAAAUCUGUGAAAUCAAAAAUAUUUCUUCCAUUUUUUAAAAUUACCGCUGCGAGUAAGAAUUAAGUGACGAAUCGACGAGUUUUUUCGUUGCCGACAACAGCAAAUUGCUUUUCGCCAAUUGGUCACUGAAUUGAAAAUGAGACUAAAGAAAUGAAUAAACUUUUUCCCUAUUCAGAGAUUUAUUGAUAGAUCUGUUCGCUAUUGAGAUGUCAAAUCGUAGUGGUGCACUAUUAUAUACAUCAUGAGAAAAAUAGAUAUGAUGUUUGUGCCAUGAUAUACACUCUAUUAUACACUAUUGAGAUGCCUGAAGAUGUAAGGUAUUUGAAAGUUUUUGAAUUACAACAAAAAAUGUCAGUCGUA